UAACCCCUGUAAAAUUUCCCACCUCAGCAAGCUAUUCUUGGGAAGAUGGCAACUUGGCAUAGAAACCAUGCCAUAUUCGUUGCUUAUUAAGCUAAAAUAUUUGGACCUUUUAAAUUCCGACAAAAAUAUAAAAAAAUUAAUUACAUAAAAAACAAUAAAAAUUAAAACUAGCACAAAACCACCACAACAAGAAGAAGAAGAGGAAGAAUCACAGAGUUCAAACUUUUUCCGAUAACCAAAUUUUUCUCUCUGAAUUGGAGAAAAGGUUUUGUAAUUGGGAAUUUGCAUAUAGCAUCAUGAGAUUCAAACGAGGGAGCAUCGUCGAAGUAUUGAGCAAAAAGGAGAUGCCUUCAGGCUGCUGGUGCUCUGCUAAGAUAAUCUGCGGUAACGGCCACAACUACACUGUCAGAUAUGAUGGAUAUGAGGGUAACGCUGAUAACGCCGUUGUGGAGAGGGUAUCCAGAGAUGCCAUCAGGCCUUGCCCACCUUCACUGGAAAUUUCAGGGAAUUUGGUUCCUGGUGAUGUCAUUGAGUUUUUAGACAAUUUUUCUUGGAAAAUGGCAGCAAUUACAAAGGUUUUGGGAAAGGAGUGCUUUUUAAUCAGGCCAGUCGGAUCCUCCCGGCAAUACAAGGUCGGAAAAUUUGAAAUCCGAGUCAGACAGUUUUGGCAAGAUGACAAAUGGGUUGUGAUUGGAAAGGGUUUGAACAAUUACGAGAAUAAAAAACAUGGUGAAUUUUUAACUCCAAAGUUCAAUCAACAUUCAUAUCGUAAAGCUCAGAAGAACGAAACGCUGACUGCCUCCUCUCAUCUGAAGAGAAGAUCACCCUACCUGUGUUCUCAAGAUGAAGCAUAUGGUGGACCUGCUGAGAAGUUUAGAGCUGUUGAAAAAGAGGGAAGGUGUCUCCGAGUAAUUGCUGCGAAUUUCUGUACAUUUUCUGAACAGGUAGAUGUUGCUUUACCAGGACGUAUGCAGGGUGGAAAAGAUAUACGUGCUUCUCUUAACAAAAAAAGUGUAUUGUCUGAUGUGGAUGUUGAAGGGAGGAAACCAAGUGGUGAUGUUGGGCGUUUGUUUGCUGUGAACCUAAAUUCGAAUGAUGCUGAUGGUGUUACAUGCUCUGUUGGUAGUUGUAGUAUUGAUAGCAAAGAUUUCAAUAAGUUGCCUCCUCCUGUUUCUGCUAGUUCUACUGAAGAUUUUGAUGAUCAGUUUUCCGAUGCCGAAUCUUCUUUUCAAUUGAGAUACGAGGAAGGAAACUCUCUCCUUCCUGCUAAAGAAGAAUUGGCAGAUGAGAUCCAUAGGUUAGAGUUGCAUGCUUACCGUUGCACGAUAGGGGCAUUACAUGCGUCAGGACCUUUAAGUUGGGAACAAGAAGAAUUGGUGACGAAUCUUCGCCUUUCACUCCAUAUAUCAAAUGAUGAACAUUUAAUGGAGCUUAGAAACUUAAUUUCUGGAGAUACCAGCAUUCAUAUUAGAUGACAGGAAAACCGGAACUGCGUGUUUUGAUUCAUAUUUUUCUUUUUCUUGUAGCUGUAGAAUCUCGAUGAGCAUUUUCAUUAAUGACCUCGCUCCACUGUAAGAAACAAGAUGAGAUGUUUUGAUGUUCUUUAUGUUUAGUUACAACACAUAGUCCAGAUUCAAUGUAGUUAUUAUUAUCCUCUUCGUUGUGGAUCAAUUAUUCUCUUUUUGCUUUUUUCUGGGGUUGUACUGAAUCCAUAUCAAGAUCUAGAGGUUCAACAUAAGCCUUACCAUAUGAAGUUUCUGUACUAUUCGUGUAAGCAUUUGGGUAUUAUCGAUGUAUAUUGCAAACUGCAAGUAACGACUCUGCAUGUUCUCUUAUGACACAUCUGCACAUAUAGAGUGCUGUAUCCUUUCUUUAUUUGUUGAUUUGUGAGGCUUUGCUUUCUCUUCGAUUCUCUGGUGUGAAUAAUAUGUCCCAUGAUUUCAUUUGUGGACAGUAUUAAUGCAUCCACUGCGUUUUCCAGGGACAGAGUAGGAGGCUUGUCGCCUUGCUUUCAAGUCUCCAAAGAUGAUCUUGGGGCUUGCCAACUUUCUAUCAGCCUAGACUUGAGGGCAAUAGUAAGACAGCUUCUGAUGCUGCUGUUCACAUUAAUAUAUCUGGUUUCUGCAUUCUUCCAUAUCAGGCCACCCGUGAGCCUUAGAUACUUGUUUUACUGGAGGAAGAAAGAAAAUCUAGUGGCUGACACAGGAUGACCUGAGAUGUAGAUGCUUGAAAGGUUUUGUUUCAAACCGCUGCCUCAGCACUUCCACUUACAGCUUACUUGACUUACUGAUAUCAAUUUUAUUCUCCAUCUGCUAUAGAUUUAUCAUGUCAGCAUACUACAUUUCAUAAUCUUCGUCGUUUCUACGGUUUACUGCUUUUAUUGUCUUCUGUUCUUUCUGUUUCCUGUGUCUCUGUGUCCUUUUUUGUUUAUUUGGGAAAGUUUAUAACUUUAUUCAAGUCUGGUCGAUGGUCUUUCUAAAGUAAAGUUCAGGAUUUUGUAAAUGUCCAUAAGCAUGGGAAGUUUAUUUGGAAACAAAAAAAAAAAAGAAUCUUGGAAGGAUAGGUUAACGGCUUCUGCGGAUUAUGCAGAAGCCAGACGCAUUAUAGGAGGAGGAACUGAUGAUAUCUAGGUAUUUUUAAGUUUACGAAUUAGAGUCACAGAUGUCUCUGGAAGUUGUAGCUUGACAAGUUUUACAUUGUAACCUCUUAAAAAGAUGCGAACAAUGUGUGCUACAUCUUGGGGGCAAUUGGAAAAUUUCUUAACAUGUUUCCUUUCUUGUGUACUGUAGCUGCAUAUUGUUCUUUGUUCAAGUAAGUUCUUGAGUACGCCAUUCGCUGAAUUAGCAUAGGGUGGUAGACCUGAUGGUAUCUUAUGCUGAUCAGCAGGAAAUGUGCGAUUUAUUUCUCGAUAUUCUACCUCAGCUUCUGAUUGGGAGUGUUUUAACCCCUAAUAACCAACUUUCCAAGUGUAAACAGUAAGAAGAUAUCCAUGUCCUGAUAUAUAGGCCAUCUGACUGCCCUACAGCUCUUCAAUUCUUUGUGAUUAUUGUUGUAUUUGUUUGUAUGUUUGUAUCUUUGGAAGUUAUUGGACAGGUUCUGUUGCAUUGCAUUGCACUGCAUAAGCUUUAGUGACUGGAUCAAUUAUCCAUUUCGACAAGAGCGCAGAGCGAUGGACACUAUGCCCCAAGAAAAAGCAAAUGGAUAACUUCGAAUAAAGCAUCCACGCACGCUUUUGCUUGCCCCUGAUUGACAAAAAUUGUCAGCCAUGUCCUUGUGCUACAAGAUUUGAACUGAGAUGCGUUCGACACAAACUCUAUAUCAGCUCGGAACAAAUCCGGUGUGGAAACCAAGUAGCCAACAAUGAGAAGCGUUCGCUUUUGGUAAAGAUUUGAGGAUUGCUCAAUAGUAUAUGCUCAUAAAUGUGAGAUGCAAAACAUUCCAGAAUCUCGAGCAUGUAACGAUAACAUAACGCCUACGCAAAAUUUGAUUGCCUCGGCAAUUCCAAAUGAUUCAGCUAAGUAUUGUCACCCCCUCUGGUAAGUCUGGCAUUGUGUGAAAGUUCAUGGCAGAAACUCAUUUGUUUCUAUAUCAGCAGAGCAUUCGCUGUUGCUGCAUGCCAUACCAUGAGACCCUACAUCGUUUGUAUCUCGUGAAAAUUUUAAGAGAAUGUGACAGUUUUUUCUAUCU